CCUUCAACCUAACCUUUCUUUUGAGAACGGAACGUGUUUGUUUUGAUACGUGCGUGCUUCAAUUGCAGCACUUAAAUUAAACUAAAUCGCACGUAAUUAAAAAAAAUACACGAUGCCGAAAACGCGCAGCACAACGGGCAAGCCCCGUACACAGGGUUUCAAUCAUUCCAAUCACUCCAUGAAUCCGGAGCGGCCGACAAGUGGCCUCAAAGGUGUCGCCCAUCCGCGCACCAAGGGCACCAUAAAGCGUCUCCAGAUGUAUCGCAAUUUUAAGGCCAAACGCGAUCGCACUGGCAAAAUUCUGACCCCGGCACCGUUUCAGGGUCGUUUGCCUGCUGGCACAAUGGCCAGAGUGGAGCCGACACCGAAAUGGUUCAGCAAUUCGCGCGUCAUCUCACAGACGGCACUGCAAAAGUUUCAAGAUGAGAUUGGCAAAGCUGUCAAGGAUCCCUAUCAGGUUAUAAUGAAGCCAUCACAAUUGCCAGUAACCCUGCUCAACGAGGCAUCCAAAUACCAACGUGUUCAUCUGUUGGAAACAGAGAGUUUCGAUAGUGUCUUUGGACCAAAGAAGCAGCGAAAACGUGUCAGCCUCAAGGUGCGUGAUCUGGAAGAUUUGAGCCGUGCCGCUGAUGAGCAGGCGGAGCAGUAUGAUGCCACCAAAGAUGUGGAUCUAAUUCGUGAGGAUACCGGCGAGAAGAAGUUGGUGCGUGAUUGGGUUUUCGGUGCGGGUCAAAGCAAACGCAUCUGGAAUGAAUUGCACAAAGUUGUGGAUGCAUCCGAUGUGCUGCUGCAGGUGCUCGAUGCACGUGAUCCCAUGGGCACACGUUCCAAAUAUAUUGAGGAGUUCUUGCGCAAGGAGAAGCCACACAAGCAUCUCUUCUUCAUACUGAACAAAGUAGAUUUGGUGCCAGUGUGGGUGACACAGCGCUGGGUGGCCAUCCUCAGUGCGGAGUAUCCAACAAUCGCAUUUCAUGCCUCGAUGCAGCAUCCCUUUGGCAAGGGUGCACUGAUCAAUCUGUUCCGUCAGUUGGGCAAACUGCACAUGGACAAGAAGCAGAUCAGCGUUGGAUUCAUUGGCUAUCCAAAUGUGGGCAAAUCUUCCGUCAUCAAUGCAUUGCGUUCCAAGAAGGUUUGCAAUGUGGCACCGAUUGCAGGCGAGACGAAAGUCUGGCAAUAUAUAACGCUAAUGAAACGCAUAUUCCUCAUCGAUUGUCCCGGCGUCGUUUAUCCCUCCGCCGAAACAGACACGGAGAAAGUGCUAAAGGGUGUGGUCCGCGUGGAGUUGGUUACCAAUCCGGAGGAUUAUGUUGAGACUGUUUUGCAGCGUGUACGCAAGGAGUACAUUGCCAAGAACUAUAAAAUUGAAAGCUGGACAUCAGGAACACAUUUUCUCGAGCAGCUCGCACAAAAGACGGGCAAGCUGCUCAAAGGAGGCGAACCGGACAUAACUGUUACGGCGCGCAUGGUGCUCAACGACUGGCAGCGUGGCAAGCUGCCUUUCUAUGUGCCUCCCGAGGGCUUCGCCAUACCAAAAUCCCACGAGGGCAAACAAAAACCGGAGGAAGAGGCUAUUGUUGCUGUUGAAGAUGAGCCCGAUGGCGAUGGGGAUGCCAAGUCGGAGGCGCCCACCUUUGUCAGCGAGUCGGUGAAGAAAGCGCGCGAAUUUAAGCAGAUUCAGGAUUUCCGCAAGAUUCGCGUCGGUCUAGAGUAUGAGCAGCUAGAUGAGUGCGAACUGGAGCAUAUUGAUUUGGAGCUGCUGGAGCAACAGAAAGCUGAGCGUACUGCCCGCAAAAAGGCGCGCAUGGUCAAUCCAGAGAUGGAUGAUGACUCAAGCGAUGGUGCCGAUAAUUUCUAUUCGGAGGAUGAAUACAAUGAGGAUUUGCAGCGUGUCGUUCAUAAGAAAUCCAAGACGAGGAAGACCCAACAGCUAGCAAUCACAUCGUCGGGUAAAUUCCGUGUCUCCAAAUUGCAGCCGGUCGAUUCCGAUGAACUGGACGACAGCGAGGAUGAUGAUGGUCCGAGGACUUCUAAGCAGCCACGCCUCAAUGCCAAACAGAAGCGUGCGCUGGAGCGGAGUCAAAAGCGCAAGAAAAUCGGCAGCAAUUUCUACGAGGCAACCAAUGUGAAGAACCGUAAUCGCAACAAGAAAAAGGACACGUAGAAUAGCAACCGUUUUAUCCGCUAGUUUAUAUAAUUCGCUGCAGCAAACGUUAUUAAUUAAUUAAGAAUCCAAUAGAAAACUGUGUUUCUUGUGGUUGUUUUCCCCUCUACAAAAACAAAAAUACACACAAAAAGAAAAUUCCUCAAGA